UUGAUGAGGUAAAUAGCUGUUGUCUGUCCCCAAUCGAUGUGAACCACUCGGAAGAGAAUCACGAGGACAAGUGGUUCCAUGGGCCUCAGCUGCCUGGCUUGGCCUAAUUGAAAAGUGUCUCCCUGUAGACCCGUUCCCACCACUGCCAGAGAGGAAACUCCACACAGAGGGCUGAGAGAAAGAGCACAAUACCAAGGCUCGAGUGGUUCUCAGUUAUAUACUGUCUUGCAUCAAAGGCUGUCAACCUGGCCCUGAGCUAUAAGGUAGCAUGACACCCUGACACUUCAAAAAGGAGGUGGGUUUAGUUGGAUGUUUCGUGGUGCACAAGGCGGCGCCUGCCUUCUAUUUUGAGACAUUACAUAAAAUGUGUCCAUCGACUCCUCGCAGCUUCAUAAUACGCAGCUUAGGAUGGCCAACCAUUUGGGGACCACAGAUGAUGAACAAGCCGCUUGUCAGGCUCAGAUGAAUCGGUGGCAAAGGACAGUGGGUGAGAUCCAGACCAGGAAACGGCAGGUCGCCGAGUGUGAGCGGGCCCUGGAGGCCCUGAGCAAGGUGACCGCCUGCUUUCAACAAAUGGCCACAUCAGUCGGUAGCAGCUCAGACAGCAGCUCUCUGAGAGAGAAGACGAAUGACACCAGAGCCCUGGCCCACAAAGUCUGCACAGGGUUGCACAGAAAGCUGGUGCCUCUACUGGCAGAGACGGUCCCUGGCCAGGAGGACCGCGACAAGGUGGAGCAAUUGUGGGUCCACUUCCUUACCGGAUUAGAAAGUCUCCAACAGGACCUGUACAAAUUUGGUGACUUAACCGAUCGCUUCCCUUUGAAACAGAAGAAUGACCGUAGAGCCCUGAUCAAAACUGGGGCCUCGGAUGAGUUCAGCGGAGUUGCUGCUCAGGCUGCGUCAACCCAAAGCCCCUGGGUAGGGACUGAGGUGGAGCAGAACCCGGACCUCAAGACACACAUCACCCAAAUCGAUGCCAUGAUCAAGGAAAUGCUCCAGAAAGUUAGUAUUCCUUUCUGGGCGGUGGAGUCUACUCAAGAGGCCUGGACUGAAGGUGUUGACUUCAGCGAUGCAGCAGACGAUCAGGAUGAAACUCUGGAGGUAGAGGUGGUGUCCCAGGAUGGUAAAAUGUCUGGGUGCUGUCACCCCCCAAAUUGUAAAUUUGGUUGCAUGUUGUGCCUGCUCACCUGAAAAGCAGGGUGUGGUCUGAACGCAGGUUACCAAAGGUUGUCAGUAAGAAUGAAGUAACUCCUCACUUAAUCUGUGUACGCAUAAACCAAGCACAACUAGCUAAAGUCUCCAGUAGUUACCUGUAAACAUAGUCCUGCAAUGUCAUUCUAGCAUGACAUUCUUUUUACCCAGACCUCUUGUAAGAAACCCACGGUCUCAAUGUCUUU